CAGUGAAGGUGUAUUAAUCUGUGUGGGAGGUCGACUCAGGAGUAGAUCAGUUAUUAUUUGCCUCUCCAGAGAACCAGCCAUUGUGAUUGUUAUUUUUGCUUUAAAUGCUUAUGAACUAACUCUGAACAUGAAGCUGGAGUCAUCUCAUUUAACAAAAAAAAAGUGUUGAGGGGAAUAAACGAAUAAAUAAAAUAAUUACAAUAUGGCGGCGACGUCGACGCAUCGCAGCUCCGGGCCAGCCCGCUCAGUGAGCCAUCAUGUAUACAUGUCUGCGGUUCCGACCCAGACAGACUUAUGAACAUAACUUUCCAUGACGUGGAUUUUGAGUUUGAGUAUAAAACAUCUGAGGCUCCGGGUCCUUCUCCAGAGGACAGCAGUAUCACUGGAUGUGACACAAGGCGAGCUGACAGACUCGACCCCGAUGCUGCAGCAUAUGACGACCAGGACACCGAGAGCAACGUGCAUCUGUUUCUCUGCUGAGAGGAGAGGGGACAUGGAACAUCCGUCUCCAGACCGGCUCCCCACCUCCCCCCGAGCCCCUCCUCGGCUCCGGCCCGUCCCCGCCGCAACAAUGAACUCCUCGCCCCACGGCUCCCGCGCCUCCGUCGACAUCCUGGAGGAGCUCCAGCUGAUCGCCGCGCAGAACCUGGAGAAGCUGGACAUCAACAAAUACUACGAGGUCGUCUGUGAGCUGGGAAAGGGCACCUAUGGGAAGGUGGACCUGGUCAUCCACAAAAUCAGAGGCACCAAGAUGGCCCUGAAGUUCCUGAGGAAGAAGACCACCAAGCUGAAGAGCUUCCUGCGGGAGUACAGCGUCUCUCUGUAUCUGUCGCCCUGCCCGUUCAUCAUCAACAUGUACGGCAUCGCCUUCGAAACGGACGAGUACUACAUCUUCGCUCAGGAGUACGCUCUGGCCGGGGAUCUGUUCGACAUCAUCCCUCCACAGGUUGGACUUCCUGAGUCGGUGGCUAAACGCUGCGUCCACCAGGUGGCGAUCGCCCUCGACUACCUGCACUGUAAGAAGCUCGUCCACCGAGACAUCAAACCCGAGAACAUCCUCAUUUUUGACAAAGAGUGCCGGAAGGUCAAGCUGUCAGACUUUGGCAUGACGCGGCGCGCCGGCUCUCCGGUGAAGCGCGUGAGCGGCACGAUCCCGUACACGGCGCCCGAGCUGUGCGACACCGCGCGACACGAGGGCUUCUGCGUGGACUACAGCACGGACGUGUGGGCGUUCGGCGUGCUGCUGUUCUGCAUGCUGACGGGGAACUUCCCCUGGGAGAAGGCCAUGCCGAACGACGCCUUCUACGAAGAGUUUGUGCGCUGGCAGCGUCGCCGGACGGGCACGGUGCCCUCGCAGUGGCGCCGCUUCACAGAUGAGGCUCUGCGAAUGUUUCGCAGGCUCCUCUCCAUCGAGCAGGAGCGCCGCUGCUCCGUCAAAGAAGUCUUCAGCUACUUCAACCUGUGCUGGAUGUUGGACACGGAGAACGGGAACAGUAGCAGCGGCGGCGCCGGUGGCGGCAGCGGGGGCGUGGCGAGCAGCGCGCCCCCUCUGGACAUGAGCUCGUCCUCGUCUGAAGAGGACGUAUUAGUGGACAGACUGAAGCAGCAGAGCCUGUCGCCGGCCUGCGUGGUGGCGAAGGGCAGCAUCAUGAUGGACACCCACUACUCCUCCAUGUCCACCAACAGCUCGCCGUCCUCCACCGGCAGCUACGACCGCGUCAACAGGGAAAACAACGAGCGAGGACGCAUCCUGGUAGCCACGCCCAUCGAGAUCUGCGUGUAGAGGCGGCCGACGCCGCGCGACAUUCUGCCGGCUCGCACGUGAAGGCUGCUGCGAGCCGACGAGGAAGAUUCUCCGUGUGAAAGAGGAGCGAAGUGUGACGACUGAUGUUCGACGUCAGGAAACUUUCUACGGUCCGACGCUCGACGAAGCUUCAGUGCAGAUUCUUUUUUUACUCAUUUCUGAUGAAGACGAGCUCUGAAGGAAAUGAGCGGUGAGACGAUCACAAACCUCCUGAACGCGGCCGACACGAACAAUGAACUCAACCGGACGACCUGUAAAGAAAAAAAAACAAAAACACUGACGGGGGAGGAAGAAGAAGAAGAAGAAAGAAAGAAAAACAUUCAUAAUCCUCGAGCAAUAUGUUCAAAUGUUUGGAAUAAUCCAGUCACUGCAAAAAUAAUCUGUGAAGAAAAAAAGACGUGAUCGGCUUCGACUUGUGACCGACGGUUCUGUUGUGUGUUUGUGUCGUGAACCAUCUUCAUGUUUUGGUAGUUGUGUGUCCGUACAGUGUGAAGACGUUCUUAUUUAUUUAUGUCGGUUCAACAUAUUUAUGAUUUGUUUCACCUGAGGUCUGGUUUUUUUCGUAGACGCGGGUGGUUUUGGUUUUUCGCAGAUCUACAUUUUUCCCGUCAUCGUGUUGUCGUAGUCGUGCGUCGACUGUUUCUCUCGCAUUAAAAUGUCCUUUUGUUUCGUUUUAACAUUUUUCAAAUACGAGCGGCUGAAAACAAGCUCGACAGAAAUAUUACUUGUUUUUCUUCUCUGAACUGCAGGUUGCUAUCAGCACAUAGAAGUGUGAUGAUUGACCCUUAUUUUCUACCUGCAUGGUUCAUAUAUUUGGACAUUUUUUCCCCUCGAAAAUAGGCAAGAUACAGGAAAUAUUCAGAGAAAUAAAUGUGUCGAUUUGAUCGUCUCUCAACACCAGAAGAAUAAAUCCAGUAUUUUUAAAAAAAAUUUUUUUUUUGCCCUCUCAACUUUUUAUUCCACUUUGUUUUGUUGUGUGAUCCAUGAGACCGGAUCAGGAGAAUGUAGAAAACAAGUCUUUGGAUUUUUGGGAUUACAGAAAUGUUUCAGCUCUCUUUUGUGUUUUUCAGAAGUAUUGCAUGAAGUGAUAUUACUGUGGUGAACAUUUGUUGAAAUAAACUUCCCGAGAAUUAAA